GCUAAAAAAUGAAUCAGUCGUCUAAUUCGGGUGGUUCGGAAUUUGAUUACUUGUUUAAGUUGUUAUUGAUUGGAGACUCGGGAGUUGGUAAAAGUUCUCUUCUUAUAAGUUUAAUUUCUCAAAACGCCAUUGAAGAUCUUUCACCCACCAUUGGGGUGGAUUUUAAAGUGAAGUAUGUCACAGUAAAUGGAAAGAAGUUAAAACUUGCUAUAUGGGAUACUGCUGGGCAGGAAAGAUUCCGAACUCUAACGAGUUCAUAUUACAGAGGUGCUCAAGGAAUUGUAAUGGUUUAUGAUGUAACACGGAGAGAAACCUUCACAAAUUUAUCUGAUAUAUGGGCAAAAGAAAUUGACAUGCACUCAACAAAUUCAGAUUGCAUCAAGAUGCUUGUUGGCAAUAAAGUUGAUAAGGAAAGCGAAAGGCUUGUUACAAAAACAGAGGGAAUUGAGCUGGCCAAGGAACAUGGAUGCCUAUUUAUUGAAUGUAGUGCAAAAACUCGGGUCAACGUGGAGCAGUGUUUUGAGGAACUUGUUCUGAAGAUUUUGGAUACACCGAGUCUCACUGCUGAGGGAUCAACUGCUAUUAAAAGAAACAUAUUCAAACAAACUCCAGCUUCAGACACAUCAAGAAGUGCCUGUUGCUAAAUGUGAUAUGUUUUCUGCACCAUUUUUCUUUCUUUCUUUCCUUUGAAUGUAGUUCUGUUUUUCUUUUGUAGUUGUCAAAUUGUGUAGGCAUUGUCCAUAAAAGAAGCUGUAAAGAACAACUUUCCUCUAUUACUUUUUUUGCUUUCCAGCAGCACAUGAUUAUGUUUA